GAAGAGCCUGAACCAGUAGUACUCCUCCUGCAAGAAACCAAGGGUGACCGCGUACCAGUCAGGAAGGAGUAUCUGUAAACUAGCGCGCGGCGUACCUCUGAGUAGCUACUACGAGAGUGAUUACACGGGAAUUGGUCUGCAAUCACCGGUCCUUUUGGUUCCUUGGUGCUACCGAUUUUUUUUUUGUUUAGUUAGUAAGAAGAUGGCGGAGGGCGAACUGAAUGUUGAUAGCUUGAUAACGCGGUUACUUGAAGUGCGAGGAUGCCGACCUGGCAAAAUUGUUCAGAUGACAGAAGCAGAAGUUCGAGGGUUAUGCAUCAAAUCCCGUGAAAUUUUUCUCAGCCAGCCCAUACUUUUAGAACUUGAAGCUCCCUUAAAAAUAUGUGGUGAUAUUCAUGGCCAGUACACUGACUUACUACGGUUGUUUGAAUAUGGAGGUUUUCCACCUGAAGCAAACUACCUUUUCUUGGGGGAUUAUGUAGACAGAGGCAAGCAGUCAUUGGAAACUAUCUGCUUAUUGCUGGCUUAUAAAAUCAAGUAUCCUGAGAAUUUCUUUCUGUUGCGAGGAAACCAUGAAUGUGCCAGCAUCAACCGCAUCUAUGGCUUCUAUGAUGAGUGUAAGAGGCGUUUUAACAUUAAAUUGUGGAAGACUUUCACAGACUGUUUCAACUGCCUUCCAAUUGCAGCGAUUGUGGAUGAAAAAAUCUUCUGUUGCCACGGAGGUUUGUCACCGGAUCUUCAGUCAAUGGAGCAGAUACGCAGAAUAAUGAGACCAACUGAUGUCCCUGACACAGGUUUGCUUUGUGACUUGCUAUGGUCUGAUCCUGAUAAGGAUGUACAAGGUUGGGGUGAGAAUGACCGAGGAGUGUCGUUCACUUUUGGAGCAGAUGUGGUUAGCAAAUUUCUUAACAGACAUGAUCUAGACUUGAUCUGUCGAGCUCAUCAGGUGGUAGAAGAUGGGUAUGAAUUUUUCGCUAAGCGACAACUGGUAACUCUCUUUUCAGCCCCAAAUUACUGUGGUGAAUUUGACAAUGCUGGCGGUAUGAUGAGCGUGGAUGAAACACUAAUGUGUUCAUUUCAGAUAUUGAAGCCUUCUGAGAAGAAAGCAAAGUACCAGUAUGGAGGACUAAAUUCUGGCCGUCCAGUGACACCACCUCGCACAGCCAAUCCACCAAAGAAGAGGUGAAGAACUUGAAGGACAAGCACAGGCAGCAUCUGGUCGUUUAUACUAAAAGGAAGAACAGCUUAUCUUAUGACUAAAUAAACAAGAAUAACUUAAUGAGCACUGCAGAGCCAUUCAUCGAAUCCUGUUUUUAUUAUAUGGACAUACUCUGAAAAAACAUACACAUUUCCACAGAAUGAACAAGUGUACAGUGAGUGGUGUAUUGCAAAUCAGUUGUGGCACUCCAGUUCCCUGGUUUUGAUACCACUGCUUUCUCUGUUAGAUCAGCACUCCAUCAUUGCCCUGCCCUCCUGUAUGUUUUGGACACAGUGGUCUCUGUAUUUUAUUUGCAUUUUUAAUUUUGUCAUGGCAGAGCUGUAUUGUAAUGGAUAGUCUUUUUUUCCUUAACAGCAAUAGCUCUUCAUCUUAGAAAACUCACUUCUGUAGUGCAACCUGGGGAUUAUGUUUCCUGGUCAUAACACAGUAUGUGUAAAUCCACGGCUUCAUUUUUAAGGAAGUCACUUCUGCAUGGUGAGUCAACUGUAUAUCCUUUUAAGAACAUCACUGACACGUUUGUAUUAAAGUAGAAUGUGACUUCUGAGGUGCUUACAAGUCUUGUGUCUUGCAGGUGGAUUUAUUUUGAUGUACGUUGUUUUGUAUGUUCGGAUAGCAAGUUUACUAGUUGUACUACUUCAUCCAGUCCUUUAGGAGCUGGGAUCCUUGUGGUCAUGUUAAUGUGUGGCACAGGUAAUGAAAAUGUAGUUAAAAAGAACAGCAGAGGUUUCAGCUGAGACACGUCCAAAGUAAACGUCACCUAUGGAACAGAAAGUCACUGCAAUAUCCUGUUAAACAUUUUGUGUGCGCUAUUCAUGUAAUUAAGUCAAGAAAAGUAAAACAUGGCAAUUUUUCAGGGA